CGUCAGGUGAAUACUGUCCAUUCCAACUAACAACGAAAGCAUAGCCCAAGCUGAAGAAAGAAACAGCCCAAGAAAGAAAUAAUUUCCAAGCUCCAGAAUACUUUUAAUCGAAGAACGUUUGCCGAGCUUGCAUCGGGGGAAAAAUAAAAAAUUGGAAAACAACGAUGGAUAUGCACCCUGAGAAUGAUGAACCUAGGGCUACAAGGGGACCAGGAAGGCCUAAGGCUGCAGCCAAGGAACCAAAAAAGGCAAGCGGUACUUCAUCUGGAUCAUCUGGAAAGCGUAGACGUGGAAGACCCAAGAAAGUUGACACUGACAAACCUGAGGCUACAAGGGGACCAGGAAGCCCUAAGGGUGCAGCCAGUAAAGCAAAAAAGGCAAACAGUAAUUCAUCCGCCUCUUCUGGAAAGCGCAGACGUGGAAGACCUAGGAAAGGUGAAGCUGCCAGUGGAACGAAUUCUAAGCCGCUAGUGACCUGUGCAUUGUCCGAGUCUCCUUCAGCAAAUUCUGGACAAGAAUCCAUGAAUUGCCCUGAAAUCAAGAGACCCGCGCCCGGAGUCUCCGCGUCGGAAACGGACGAGUGUGGGAGGACCGCGUUGCACCGGGCGGCAGAGGACGGAGACCUGGAGAAGAUUAAAGAGCUGCUGGACAGAGGAUGGGACACGAGGGCAAGGGACGGAAGGGGACGGACGCCCCUCCACUCGGCCCUGGACAAGGGGAAGGAGGCCGCGGCGGAGCUCUUGGCGGACGCGGACUGCAUCAUCGACGUCCAAGAUGAGGAUGAAUAUGUCCCUCUGCAAUUGGCUGCAAUGAAAGGAUUCGUGGGAGUCAUCCGGAGACUGCUCGCCGCCGGAGCGGACACGCGUUCUGGAAGUGGAGGAUACACGCCCCUACACUUUGCUCUCGACUUUAAGCGGGAGACUGCCGCGGAGCUCCUGCUCGAUGCGGACUGCAUCACGGACAUCGCAGACGCCGAGGGCCGCACUCCUCUGCAUCUCGCCGCCGGGGCGGGAUUCGUGGGCGCCGUCCGGAAACUGCUCGCCGCCGGAGCGGACACGCGCGCGGAAGAUGGGACCGGACGGACGCCCCUCCACUAUGCCAUGUGCGAAGAUACGGAGGCUGCGGCGGAGCUCCUGGCGGGAGCCGACGGCGAGAUCGACCACCCUGACGAAGAAAAGGACACUCCCCUGUUUCUCGCUGCGGGAUGCGGAUUCACUGGGGUUGUGAGGAAACUUCUGUGGAGUGGCGCUCGUCCGGACCGGAACGAUGAGGGAUGGGGUCCCCUGAAUGAGGCUUUUUUUCAUCGACGAGAUGAUGCAGCGAAAGCGAUCCUCGCCUGGUGUGCCUUGAGGGGCGUCGCCCUGAACUGGGGGCAUUGCCUCGAGGAAGACAUUGAGAGCUGCAUCGAGUUCCUCCCCCGAUGCGAGGCGGAGGUCCGGCGGAUGAAGGACGCCCGUGUCGCCCCCGGAUCGCGGUGGUCCUACCGGCACGUCCUGACGAGGCACGUGAGCCGGGUAUCGCGGUGCCUCGAGGCCCUGGGGAGGGGCCGUGCCGACUUCCCGAUCUAUGGCGACUGGAUCUCCCUCGUCGCGGGGGAAGCGGAGAAGUGGAGGGCCCUGGCCCCCCGCUGGCUGGAGUGCUUCUCCCUCGCGGUCCGGGAGUUGCCCCCCACGUGCACGGACCUCGUGUCGCUGCACCUGAGCGAGCGGGACCUGCGCCACUUCAUCCGUGCCUGCGAAUAGCGAGCACGGUCCCUUCACC